AGCGGGGCGAUGGCGACUCGCUUGUUGUUUCCUUCUCACCCAUUACACGAGCAAGGGCGUUAAAAAGCGGCGGUUUAUUUUCACGCAACCAACGAGGAACAAAGUUAGCUGCUGGUGUACAUUUUUUUAAGAAUAACGUGAACUAUUAUUCACUAGUAUGGUCGUCGCUUUAUGUAAAGACCUAUAAUCAAAUGUACAAAGCGAUAAUUUAGAUCCCCAAAGGCCUUCCUUUACGUAAUUAAGGAACAAAGCUUUUGAGCUUAAUUAUUGAGCUAAGUUUAUUACUACAGAUCUACGUGUUAAUAAGGACAACUUGAAAUACACUUGGUGCUUGGCUGGUGGUAGAAGCGAUAGUUAUCCAGACAAAAGCUAACAACACUAGAAUAAAAGCCAGAAAGAAGAGAAUCGUGCUUUCAUCAGAAGCAAGAGAAAAAAACCGGAAAACUCAGAAAACUGCGUGUUUCAACAGAAGAAACAAUUAUGAGUCGUGAGACAACUUCCAAAAUGGAAAGUGAGCCCUCGAAAAUGACGUUUACCGUUCGGUUUGAGAACACCGUUCGACAGGUUGACGAAACGUUGAUGGAGCUAAAGAACGAAGACAAAAGUAACGAAGGGGUUGAGAACGACGUUUUUGACGAACACAGCAACAGCGACGGCUGGGACACUGAUUUAGAGGCACCCCCAAAAGACACACACAAGAACCGCAGAGGAGCAGAUGCCACUGGAAAAUCAGCCUAUCUGAGAACUUGUCGCAAGCUUGGGGUUUCGCCAGUCACUGCCAUUGUUGAUACGAUUCACACUGCGGAGAUUUCGUUGGCACAUCACGGCCUGGGGUUGCAAGGUGGAAGAGCGCUCGCCAAGGCGCUUGUGAAAAGCACCACAGUGGAGAAACUCGACUUACAAGAGAACAAUCUUGGCGAGGAAGGGGUGGACUGUUUCGCCAAGAUGUUCCUCGAGAACUGUUUCAUAAAGUGGGUGAACCUUGCUGGGAAUAUGAUGAGCUCAAAUGGGGCGCGAGUGAUGGGGAGUGUUAUCGCGCAAAACAAGUACUUGCAGUGGCUUGAUCUUUCGUUUAAUAACUUUGUUGACAAGGAUGCCAAACCACUUGCCGACGGUUUGAUGAGCAAUACAAGCAUUAAAUUCUUCAGCUUGAGUCAGAACUCUUUUUGCGAAGCAGGCGGAGAGCUAAUAGGCCCGGCUCUAGCGGAAAAUAACAGUAUUACCGAGCUAAACCUAAGUUGGAAUCACUUGAGGUUGAAAGGUGCCAUUGCAAUCUGCAAAAGCAUGAGAGAAAACAGCUCAAUAGAGAUCUUAGAUCUGUCCUGGAAUGGUUUCGCGGAUGAAGGCGCUGAGGCCAUGGGUGAGUCGCUCAAAAAGAAUGACACACUCCUCGUGCUGGAUUUGAGCCACAACCGCAUCACAGAGAAGGGGGCGCUAGGCUUGGCGAAAGGUCUGCAGAUCAAUAAAACAUUACGCGUUCUAAAAAUAGGAUUUAAUCCUCUCGGAAACACUGGCGCUUACACGCUCAUUAAAGCGUUCAACGCUAACGCUGACUCAGCUUUGGAAGAGCUUUACCUGGACAAUAUCACAGUAAAGAAAAACUUUUUAGUGCUCUUGGAGGAGUUUACAAAGAACCGGCCCGCUUUCCAGAUUGCGUAUGGUGCCUCGAGCCACAACAACAGUAAACGAGGCUCCCUGGCUAGUUCCUAUGGCAACGAGGACAACGAUCCCGGAAGAAGGGUGAAAAACGACUUGUUGACUGCGCUGAAGACUUUCCUGUCGGAGAAAAGGUUGCGCGCGGUGGAUCUUUUCAACUGCUUGGAUAAGGAUAAAACGCAAAGCGUGUCCCCUGAAGAAAUGUUCACGGGUUUAAAAAAACUCAAAGUGCCGCUUACAGACGCGCAGCUCAAAAGGCUGAUCCGCCUUCUUGACAAAGAUGGAGACGGAGAAAUCGAUUACGGGGAAUUCGCUGCCGUCAACGAAGUUUAGAGCAUUUGAUUGUUCUUUAACUUGUUAACAAUAACGUGAAAACUGUUGGGCUGAUGUACAGCCAAAUUCUCACAACAAACAGUGAAGAAAAUGUGUAGCAAUUACUGAGGAGAAUUUAUAUUCCAACUGCGCAUGUAAACAAACAGGUGGUAUUAAGCUCACAGGCUGUAAUCAGCAUGAUAAGGGAUGGUAUAGAAUUAUAUAUAUACGAUUAAGGUUUUAAUUAAACGGGCCUAGCAUCUAAGCCUUUAUGUACAUUUUGUUUAAAGGAGGUACUUCACGGUUUGCGCAUCUCAAAAAUUUUAACCUAAAUCUUUCAAGUUCGUCGU